AUGUUUGGCAAGGAAAAAUCACAAAUAAUCAGUGUUUCAAAAAAAAAAAAAAAUCGAAACAUGUCGUCAACUAAAAUAUUCCAGGUACGAGGGCAGCCACUUCCUAGGUUUCCGGUAAGAAACCACCGUAUGAUAAACACUGUUGUUUGUGGAUUUCCCAUAAUAAGUCACCACCGUGUAAGCAACGUACUCAGCCGUACGAGUGGUCCGUUUUUGGGUUAUGUCCCAGCAAGAACCGACGAGAACCCGUUUCUUCGUGGCGACAGUAACGGUAGAUUCGGAAAGUUCGGUGGAAAGUUUGUACCGGAGACAUUGAUGUCUUGCCUGAGAGAUCUUGAAGACGAGUUCAAUUUUGUUUUGAGCGAUCAUGAAUUUCAGGUGGAGUUUACCGCAGCGUUAAGAGACUACGUAGGAAGAGAAACGCCUCUCUACUUCGCCGAACGUUUAACACAACACUACAAGAACAUAGCUCGAACCACCGGAGAUGGACCCGAGAUCUACCUGAAAAGGGAAGAUCUAUGCCAUGGUGGGUCCCACAAAAUCAACAAUGCUCUCGCUCAAGCUAUGAUUGCCAGGCGGCUUGGUUGCAGCCGUGUGGUGGCGGCCACAGGAUCCGGACAACAUGGGGUCGCCACCGCGGCUGCUUGUGCAAAGCUCUCCCUGGAAUGUACUGUUUUCAUGGGAACCACAGAUAUAGAGAAACAAUCCUCUAAUGUUCUUUCCAUGAAACUGCUUGGUGCUCAGGUGAAAUCAGUACAAGGAACAUUUCAAGAUGCGAGUUCAGAGGCGAUUCGAAAUUGGGUUGGAAAACUAGAAACCACAUACUACUUACCGGGGACGGUCGUAGGACCUCACCCGAGUCCGGUAAUGGUACGAGAGUUUCAGUCCGUGAUAGGGAAAGAGACGAGAAGGCAAGCGAAACAGCUAUGGGGUGGUAAGCCUGAUGUGUUGGUGGCUUGUGUGGGGAGUGGCUCAAAUGCAUUGGGUUUGUUCCAUGAGUUUGUUAGGGAUGAGGAUGUGCGGCUAGUAGGGGUCGAGGCCGCGGGGCUGGGUCUGGAUUCAGGGAAACAUUCAGCUACUUUGGCCGUUGGAGAUGUUGGUGUAUACCAUGGCUCCAUGAGCUAUUUACUGCAAGAUGAUCAAGGACAGAUACUUAGACCACACUCCAUAGGAGUAGGGUUAGAGUAUCCCGGAGUUGGCCCGGAGAUUAGCUUUCUGAAAGAAAGUGGAAGAGCCGAAUUCUGCACAGCAACAGACCAAGAAGCGAUUCAAGCGUGCAUGCUAUUGAGCAGAUUAGAGGGAAUAAUCCCAGCAUUGGAAACGUCUCACGCGCUCGCGAUCCUUGAAAAACUUGUUCCUACUCUGCGUGAUGGUGCCAAAGUGGUCGUGAAUUGCAGUGGCCGUGGCGACAAAGAUAUAAACACUCUUAUCCAACGAGGCAUGCCCUCUUCUCUUUGUUGACUUACCAAGAUGCCACAAAACGCUCGACUCUUGUGUGAAAUCGUGUAGAUUCAGUUUGCAACCAUCAUUAUGGAUGAAAUAAUAAUAUAUCAAUCGUUAUGUUUUUUUU